AUGGCGUUUCUUCCUGCAGACUUGGCAAGCUGGUUCGCUCCUGCUCUUGCCAUCACAAUUACGUCCUUUCUCUUCUACUAUCAUUUCCUUUUCUCCCAACGCUCCCCAUUUCCAAUUGUCAACUCCUAUCCCUACGACUUCCUCAAUCGCAGAGCCCACAAGACCUACCUCGAAAAUGCUCAAGAACUCAUCACUCAAGGCCUCGAGAAAUACAAUAGCCCCAUCACUCUUGCGACACCUUCCGGCCCUCUCAUGAUCCUGCCAGCUGAAUCAAUAGACUGGGUCCGCACAAACCCCGAUCUCGACCACCAAGAACUCGUUCUCCAACAAUACUUCGGCAACUUCCCCGGCUUCGAAGCGAAUAAAAUCAUGCAUGAUGAUCCAGACAAUUUAGUCAUUAACCUCAUCAAGAGGAAGCUCUCACAGAAUGGAAAAUUGGUGCCGAUUCUGAGCCGGCAUAUUGGCGAGGCGUUGGAGGAGUUGUGGACGGAGAAUGAGGAGUGGCAUCUGAUUGAAUGGUAUGGUAGUACAAUGGGAUUGAUCUCGAGAGCUGCAGGUGCGGUAUUUGCGGGAGAGAAGCUUUCGCGUGAUGGAGAGUGGCAGCGAAUGACGAUGCGGUAUGCUACGGGGUUCUUUUCUGCUGCGUUUGAGUUGAUGCGGUGGCCGGCUUGGACGAGGCCUGUUGUCCAUUGGUUUUUGCCUGGAGCGAGGGAUUGUAGGAAAUUGAUGAGGGAUGUGAGGAGGGUCAUGCGGGAGGAGGUGAAGAGGAGGGAGAGGGAGGGGACAGAAGGGAAAGGAGAAAUAGAGUAUUUUGAUGCUGUGGGAUGGAGUGAGGAGCUUGCGGGCGGCAAAAAGGUCGAUCAUGGGGCUGUACAGCUUUCGCUUGCGAUGGCUGCGUUGCACACUACCUCGAGCGCGCUGAGGCAGGUUCUGUUGGACUUGUGCGAGCACGCUGAGCUUGUUGAGCCUCUGCGGGAAGAAGUGAGGGAAGCCGUGAAGGAUCAUGGCGUAACUGCGGCAGCAGUUGCGAAAAUGCACUUGCUCGACAGUGUUAUGAAGGAGUCGCAAAGACUAGGUCCUCCAACGAUUGCUGGUCCCGAGCGCCUCGUAAUCCGCGACACAAGGCUUCCAGAUGGUAUCCUGCUCGCACGCGGCUCUCACAUCGCCGUCGACCAAUCUGGCAUGCGAAGUCCAGGGAACUACUCCGAGCCAGAAAAGUUCGACGGUUAUCGCUUCUACAAAAUGCGUGAAGCGGGCGAUGAGCGCACGGCUUUCGCCUCAUCGACCAAAGAGCACAGCGUGUUCGGCAUUGGGAAAUAUAUCUGUCCAGGAAGAUUUCUUGCGGCGGUCGAGAUCAAGCUGUGCCUGGCGCAUAUCUUGCUCAAGUACGAUGUCAGAUUUCGUGAGGGCUACAAGCCACAAUCUGCAAAACUGGGAAUUGUGAACAUGGUCGACAUCGCGGCGCAGAUAGAGGUAGGACGGCGGCAUGAUGCUGAUGAUGUUCUUGUGUGA